UCAUCGUGAAUCGACCCAUUAAAACGAAGAAGAAGUAAAUCGACCCCAUGGAAAUGUGUUUUUAAGUCUCGUUUUUGAAUUAAAUUGUCCUAAGAUGCUCAUUUAGUUGAUUAUAACAUUACCAGAGCGUAAAACAACCAUGUCUGUUACGAAACGAGUCCAGCAAUGGGCAACUUUCGCCAGAACCUGGCACAUCUACGAUUGUACUUGGCAAAAUCCGUUUGAAUCAGCUAGUCUGAUAAGGAAGCAUUUGAUGGGCCUGCACAAACCUAUAUAUCACCCAAUGAACGAUUGCGGAGAUCAUGUAGUGGUCAUUAAUACUGCUGAUAUCGCCUUGCCUGGAGAUGAAUGGAAAAAACGGGCCUAUUUCCAUCACACGGGAUAUGCUGGAGGUGCCAGCUGGACUUUGGCUUGGCAGCUCCACGAAAAAGAUCCAACCAUGAUUAUGAAAAAAGCUGUUUACCGUUCCAUGCAUGGCAACCUUCAACGUCGUCACACCAUGCAAAGACUCCAUUUAUUUGAGGAUAAUAAUGUGCCACAAGAAAUUUUGGAAAACAUUACCAAUCAAAUAAGGCAACCUAGACAGGUUCCUGAACGAUUGGAUCAUAUGGAUCCUAAAUUAGUGAAGAGCUACCCAAAAAUAAUGGAUUUCCCUAAAGAUUAUUGUCGGCGAAUGCUGUUCUCGAGUUCCCCAACCGUGGGAACGUCCCUGGAAGGUGUAACCAGUAAAGAUUUCGCCAAUUGGCCAACGUUGGGGAACACUGGGAUGAAGGAUUCUAACAUCUGCCGGGCCGUUGAAUGCAGUCUUUCAGAUCCAUUCACUAGCAGUUCAAUCAUCAGCCUCAAGAUGCGCUUAAGUCCGACCGACCCCAGCUCUUACUCGAAUGCCCAUGAGCUGGUCAUCCAUCACGUAGACCUUCAUUGGUCAGUGAAUUUCGAAAAAUCAACUAUUUCUGGAAUUUCAACCUUGCAUUUCAAAACCUUGAAGGACGAUGUUGAAGAAAUUUUUUUGGACGCAAGCGAAUUAAGUAUUGCUUCUGUUUCCCUCAAGGCUCCUGCUGGCGAUAUACCCCUUAAUUGGGAUGUUGGCAAGCAUUUGGAAAACUUGGGAUCCAAAAUAACUAUCUAUCUGCCCACAAAAACAACGGGGGUAUUCAACGUGGCUAUCGAGUAUGAAACCAACCCGGAAGCAAGUGCCCUACAAUGGCUAACAGCGGAACAAACUUGUGGUAAAAAACAUCCGUUUUUGUUUAGUCAGUGCCAAGCUAUCCAUGCGCGAUCCAUUCUACCAUGCCAGGAUACACCGGCUGUUAAAUUUACCUACAAUGCUACAUUACACCAUCCGGAGUCUGUAGUGGGCCUAAUGAGUGCUAUCAGAAACAAAUCAGAGCCUGGUGUAUCAUAUUUUGAGCAAAAAAUUCCCAUUCCUAGUUACUUGCUGGCGAUUGUGGUAGGAUCUCUAGUUGAAAAGCCUAUAGGUCCCAUUUCCAGCGUAUGGGCAGAAAAAGAGCAAGUUAAUGAAGCUGCCGAGGAAUUUUCUCAAACGGCUGACUUCAUUGCCAAGGCGGAAGAAAUCUGCGGACCAUACGUGUGGGGUCGCUAUGAUCUACUCGUAAUGCCACCAAGUUUUCCCUUCGGAGGAAUGGAAAAUCCUUGUCUUACUUUCGUUACUCCGACCUUACUAGCGGGAGACAAAUCGUUGGCCACUGUCGUGGCGCACGAGAUUUCCCACAGUUGGACCGGCAAUUUGGUAACGAACAAAAACUUUGAGCAUUUCUGGCUCAAUGAAGGCUUUACAGUUUUCGUAGAGGGGAAAAUCGUGGGUCGACUGUCGGGAAAUGCAGCUCGCGAUUUUCAUGCUCUGCAUGGCAUGAGUGAGCUAACUGAUUGUAUAAAAACACAACUAGCAUCUACACCAGAACUCACGAAACUAGUUGUUGAUUUGAGUGAAUGCUGUCCGGAUGAUGCUUUCUCCACUGUGCCUUACAUCAAGGGAUCAACAUUCCUACGCUAUUUGGAAGAUUUGUUAGGGGGUCCCGAAAAGUUUGAACCCUUUUUCCAAUCAUAUUUGAACCAAUUUAAGUUCAAAUCUAUUUUGACCAACGAUUUUAAGAAGGCUUUAUACGAAUGGUUUCGUCAGGAUCCAACGAAUGAGGUACUUUUAGAACGUAUCGAUUGGGACAAGUGGCUAUUCGGCGAGGGACUUCCACCAGUUAUUCCUGAAUACGACCGUUCGUUGUUGGAUGCUUGCAAAAGACAUGCCACUCUGUGGGCAGAGAAUGAUCUUGAUACCAUAAAAUCGUCAACUAUACUAUCAGAACCGCUUAGCAGUAUUCAAAUAAUUGAAUUUUUGGCACAAAUUCUGGAGAGAAAGGUCAUCAAAGAUUUAAACAGAGACAAGGUGUCACUGCUGGAUCAGACAUAUAAAAUUCAUGACACCAAGAAUGCAGAAAUACGUUUUCGUUUUGUACGACUCUGCAUUCGUGCAAGGCUCAUGGACAAGAUGGAUGAAAUUUUAGCUUUCGCCAAUAGCAAUUUCCGUAUGAAAUUCGUUCGACCCGUUUACAAAGAACUUGGUUCCUGGCCAGAAGCAAAGCAGAUAGCCAUUGACAACUACAACAAAGUCAAGAACCAAAUGAUGUCCGUUUGUGCCUACACCGUUUCCAAGGAUUUGGGAAUUGAGGCAUGCAAAUGAGCUUUGUAUUCAUUGUCAAACUUUGCAUUUCGUUAUUCAUCAAUAAAAACUAUACAAGAAUUGAUUUUCUAUA